AUGGAUACCGUCGUAUCCAAACCACCUACCGCUAUGGGGCAGGGUGAACAGUCCAUAGUUCAUCCUUUCUUCCGACAAGAAUUUGUACCCUCGCCAAAACCUACCUCUUCCCUAGCAAGUACACCUGUGCCGCCUCCCGGAAAUAACGAACCCACGCCGAAUACUCUUCCGUUGGAAAACUCCGUGACAAACUCACACCUCGAAACCGAGACUUCAACACCAUGUGCUUCAGACUCCGCAAUGCCUCGUGUAGCUGUACCGUUAAGUCCGGAUGAAGAUCCCAACGCUGGACGGCGGAAGAGACGCAAGACUGAACGAACCAAACAAUCCGAACACGACCAACCUCUUCAGGCAGGGUUGUCAAGCUGGCUGGGAAUGAAAUCUCUCUCUGAAACAACCUCGAACGCUAUAUCUACAGGCACCAGUACGGGAACUAUGGCUCAUCCAUCUCCAUGCGGGUCCCUCGAAUCACAGAUCAAUGCUGCUGCUCCGACAGAGCAGCCAAAAUUCACGGACCAAAAAGGACAAGAAGACGCGAAUGACAUGCAAAGAAAAAUCCUGAAACUGAAUCCUAACGGGCGAUUGCUCAGUUCCCCGCCAAUCGAUUCCCCGGGCAAUGUUUCCCAAAAUCGAGGAAGCAGCAAGCGAGGCCGCGCCCGCAAGGUUGAAAGCAAAUUGGUCUCUCUCAAGUACAAUCCUAGGUCUGAACGAAAUUUGGGCCAGUUGAUAGAAGACAUACUUGGUAGUAGGAAAAAUGUCAAACCUGCUGCUCCACCACGUCGCCCUGUUCAGGAUGUUGCCACUGAUAAACCGACACAUCCAUUCUUUCUGAAGAAGGUUUCCCAGAAAGAACUUGACAAUGUGACAGCUGGCGACAGCCAAACAGCUCCACCGAUUUUGGAUUCCAAGCGACCUAUGAAACAACCUCAGUCAGGCACCCUGGAAACAAAGCGGGAAAUACAGACAAUUGGACAAUCCUCUAUGUUUGCUCGUCGUACUAACAAAUUCGCGGAACUGAUUGAUCCAUUAUGGCCACCCAAAGAUCUUGUACACAUCAGGUCAAUUGAUUCUCCCAAAACACUUCCCAUCUCCAGUCUCCUCGGCAGCGACCGCAAGAAAUCCAAGACAGCCUCUAUUAUCGUGACAGAUCAGGAAAACAUCCUGCUAACUAGUACCGCUCACGCAAGAAAGACGGCUCAAUUAUCUUUGCAGUUACUUCAUAAUGACAAAACAAGUCUUCGCUUGCCAGGACGACAUACUGCUAGUGGUCGAGUUUUGCAAGCCGCGAUUGACAGUCAAAUGUCCUGGUGUUUGCCCAGUCAUCAACCCUCUAGGACGCCUUCCUGCCCAAUUAUCAAGAGACUCUACUCUACUUUGCUUACAUCUGUUUCAGCGUUUGACUGCGGGAAAUACGAAUCGCAGCUCUGGGUCCAUAAAUAUUCUCCUAAGAUGACGGAAGACGUGCUUCAAGUUGGCCGUGAAAUUCAAGUCCUGAGGGAUUGGCUACAGCAUCUCAAAAUUACCGCAGUCGAUACAGGUAAAUCCAAAGAAGGCGCCAAAUCAAAUACCAAAAACGACAAGAAACGCAAGAAAAAGCGAAAAAACACGGAGAAACUUGAUGGAUUCAUUGUCUCGAGUGAAGAGGAAGCUUCGGAGAUGGACAAUCUAUCUGGAUCAGACGAUGAAUUGGCUGGAGAGGUUACUGUGUCAUCAUCACAAAGGACUGUUGUACGGUCAGGAGACAUUGCCAUGCAUGCUCAUCAAGGAAGUGACAAAGGCCGGAUGACUAACGCUAUACUUCUGAGUGGUCCUCCUGGCUGUGGAAAAACCGCAUCUGUUUAUGCGAUCGCGAAGGAGCUGGAUUUUGAGGUUUUUGAGAUCAAUUCUGGUAGUCGCCGAAGUGCCCGAGACAUGCUUGAGAGGGUUGGAGACAUGACACAGAAUCAUCUGGUUCACCUUCUCAACGAAAACGAUGAUCCAUCUUGCAAGACCCGAGAUCCACCUGCUGUUGACGAUGCCAAGCAAAAUAAGCUAUUCAGCUUCUUUACGGGCCAACCUUCAAAGAAUAUCAAGCCAGAGAAAAAGCUAACGCCAAGCCCCCUACCGGAAACUGAGGCUAAGCGUACUCGCGAGCAAAAACAGUCUCUGAUUCUACUUGAAGAAGUUGAUAUUCUCUUCGAGGAAGACCGACAAUUCUGGACUGGUGUUUUGACACUAAUCAGUCAGUCCAAGCGACCAAUCGUUAUCACUUGCAACGAUGAAAGCCUUGUUCCAAUUCAGGACAUGUCCCUACACGCCAUUUUGCGAUAUCAAAAGCCACCUCCUGACCUUGCUCUCGACUACCUACUUCUUGUUGCUGCAAAUGAAGGCCAUGUGUUGAAGCGAAACGCAGUUAGUAAGCUCUAUAAUGCGUCCGGCAUGGAUAUUCGGCGAUCGCUCAUGGACUUAAAUUUUUGGUGUCAAAUGGCUGUUGGAAGUCAAAAAGCUGGAUUAGACUGGAUCCUUCCCAUUUGGCCGCCUGGAGCAAACGUGGACCAAAAUAGUGAAAGGCUGCGAGUUCUUAGCCUGAAUACCUACGAGUCCUACAUGGGUUGGUUUAACCGUGACACAUUCUUGGACAAGGAGUCGCUGCCAAAAGAAACAGAAGCAUUAGAGAACACUUUUCACUGGUGGAGACUCAGCAUUCAAGACGCAGAGGACGCAGCGGGAGCAAGUGUGGCGGAAUCGCUGCUUCCCGACCAAUACAAUUCGAUGUCGAAACUAGAAAAACUCGACAUACUAAGUCAAGAAGCCGACUAUCUCGAGACGCGGAGUGUACUGGACAUUCUUUGCACCGGAUGUCCGAUGGAAAUGUCUAAGGACAUUGUGGAUCGUUCUGCUCCGCCACUUCCAGAGUCUCACCGGUCUAACUACAUUGACGCCUAUCCUCUUCUGCAAGCUGAUCUGCAACCCGAGUACCCCUUGCUAACCGAGUCCAUUGGCAUCACGUUCGACGCUUUCAUUUCUCGAGUCUUCCGCCCUAGCACGGAAAAUGUGGAAAUCGCUGGUGCUACACGUAUCUUCAAUGGCUGGGCAAAGUCUGCUGCCCGUCGAAACAUUCUCCCAUCUUCCCUACCUGGGUACCGCAAAGUUUUUGAGCCUCUAAUGCGAGCACCAUAUUAUAUGCCUGCCAGCGGUCGGCACGCUCCUUCAUUUGAAAAUAGCCUCGCGCCUAUCACCGAAGACAUUGCCCCGUAUGUUCGAUCCAUCAUGGUAUUUGAUGGUCGCUUAAAACAAUAUCGAGAUGGUCUGUUCGCGAUCUGGUCACAAGAAGAAGGAAUUGGUGGAAAACGCAUGCGGACAACUCGUGCCAGCCGAGCUGCCUUGGAAGGAGGCGAUAAGGCAUCAUCCCGCAGAGAAAGGUGGUUUUCUGAUGAUAUCAAUUACUACUGGGUACAGGGCACUGGGUGCACAGAGUGGCAGCAGGCUCUGUACCAGAUGGGUCAUUUUCAUGUUCAGUCUAUAUUUGAGUCGAAUCUUGAUGGUUCCAACCAGGCUCUGGGGAGAUAG